UGAAUCAGGAACAACUGAGGGAUUCACCUCAGAUAUGACAUCUACUGCUCUACCAACAUCAGAUAUCACCACCAAUGGUCUAACUACUGAGGAGGAGACAACUGAAUCAGGAACGACUGAGGGAUUCACCUCAGAUAUAACAUCUACUGCUCUACCAACGUCAUAUAUCACCACCAAUGGUCUAACUACUGAGGAGGAGACAACUGAAUCAGGAACGACUGAGGGAUUCAUGUCAGAUAUAACAUCUACUGCUCUACCAACAUCAGAUAUCGCCACCAAUGGUCUAACUACUGAGGAGGAAACAACGGAAUCAGGAACGACUGAGGGAUUCACGUCAGAUAUAACAUCUACUGCUCUACCAACAUCAGAUAUCACCACCAAUGGUCUAACUACUGAGGAGGAAACAACGGAAUCGGGAACAUCUGAGGGAAUCACCUCAGAUAUGACAUCUACUGCUCUACCAACAUCAGAUAUCAUAACCAAUGGUAUGACUACUGAGGAGGAGACAACUGAAUCAGGAACGACUGAGGGAUUCACAUCAGAUAUAACAUCUACUGCUCUACCAACAUCAGAUAUCACCACCAAUGGUCUUACUACUCAGGAGGAGACAACUGAAUCAGGAACAACAGAGGGAUUCACCUCAGAUUUGACAUCUACUGCUGAACCAACAUCAGAUAUCACAACCAAUGGUCUAACUACUGAGGAGGAGACAACGGAAUCGGGAACAACAGAGGGAAUCACCUCAGAUGUUACAUCAACUGCACCCUUAACAACAGAUAUCACCACCAAUGGUCUGACUACUGAGGAGGAGAUAACUGAAUCAGGAACAACUGAGGGAUUCACCUCAGAUAUGACAUCAACUGGGCCUUCAACCUCAGAUAUCACCACCAAUGGUCUAACUACUGAGGAUGAGACAACUGAUUCAGGAACAACUGAGGGAUUCAUCUCAGAUAUGACAUCUACUGCUCUACCAACAUCAGAUAUCACAACCAAUGGUAUGACUACCGAGGAGGAGACAACUGAAUCAGGAACAACUGAGGGAUUCACUUCAGAUGUUACAUCAACUGGGCCGUCAGCAUCAGAUAUCACAACUAAUGGUCUAACUACUGAGGAGGAGACAACUGAAUUAGGAACAACUGAGGGAUUCACCUCAGAUAUGACAUCUACUGCUGUACCAACAUCAGAUAUCACCACCAAUGGUCUAACUACUGAGGAGGAGACAACUGAAUCAGGAACAACUGAGGGAAUCACCUCAGAUAUUACAUCAACUGCACCCUUAACAACAGAUAUCACCACCAAUGGUCUGACUACUGAGGAGGAGACAACUGAAUCAGGAACAACAGACAGAUUUACCUCAGAUAUGACAUCAACUGCUCUACCAACAUCAGAUAUUACAACUAAUGGUCUAACUACUGAGAAGGAGACAACAGAAUUGGAAACAACUGAGGGAUUCACCUUAGAUAUGACAUCAACUGGGCCGUCAACCUCGGAUAUCACCACCAAUGGUCUAACUACUGAGGAGGAGACAACUGAAUCAGGAACAACUGAGGGAUUCACCUCAUAUAUGACAUCUACUUCUCUACCAACAUCAGAUAUCACCACCAAUGGUCUAACUACUGAGGAGGAGACAACUGAAUCAGGAACAACUGAGGGAUUCACCUCAGAUAUGACAUCAACUGGGCCUUUAACCUCAGAUAUCACCACCAAUGGUCUAACUACUGAGGAUGAGACAACUGAUUCAGGAACAACUGAGGGAUUCAUCUCAGAUAUGACAUCUACUGCUCUACCAACAUCAGAUAUCACAACCAAUGGUAUGACUACCGAGGAGGAGACAACUGAAUCAGGAACAACUGAGGGAUUCACUUCAGAUGUUACAUCAACUGGGCCGUCAGCAUCAGAUAUCACAACUAAUGGUCUAACUACUGAGGAGGAGACAACUGAAUUAGGAACAACUGAGGGAUUCACCUCAGAUAUGACAUCUACUGCUGUACCAACAUCAGAUAUCACCACCAAUGGUCUAACUACUGAGGAGGAGACAACUGAAUCAGGAACAACUGAGGGAAUCACCUCAGAUAUUACAUCAACUGCACCCUUAACAACAGAUAUCACCACCAAUGGUCUGACUACUGAGGAGGAGACAACUGAAUCAGGAACAACAGACAGAUUUACCUCAGAUAUGACAUCAACUGCUCUACCAACAUCAGAUAUUACAACUAAUGGUCUAACUACUGAGGAGGAGACAACAGAAUUGGAAACAACUGAGGGAUUCACCUCAGAUAUGACAUCAACUGGGCCAUCAACCUCGGAUAUCACCACCAAUGGUCUAACUACUGAGGAGGAGACAACUGAAUCAGGAACAACAACCAAUGGUAUGACUACCGAGGAGGAGACAACUGAAUCAGGAACAACUGAGGGAUUCACUUCAGAUGUUACAUCAACUGGGCCGUCAGCAUCAGAUAUCACAACUAAUGGUUUAACUACUGAGGAGGAGACAACUGAAUUAGGAACCACUGAGGGAAUCACCUCAGAUAUGACAUCUACUGCUCUACCGACAUCAGAUAUCACCACCAAUGGUCUAACUACUGAGGAGGAGACAACGGAAUCGGGAACAACUGAGGGAAUCACCUCAGAUAUGACAUCUACUGCUCUACCAACAUCAGAUAUCACCACCAAUGGUCUUACUACUGAGGAGGAGACAACUGAAUCAGGAACAACAGACGGAUUUACCUCAGAUAUGACAUCUACCACAACCAAUGGUAUGACUACCGAGGAGGAGACAACUGAAUCAGGAACAACUGAGGGAUUCACUUCAGAUGUUACAUCAACUGGGCCGUCAGCAUCAGAUAUCACAACUAAUGGUUUAACUACUGAGGAGGAGACAACUGAAUUAGGAACAACUGAGGGAAUCACCUCAGAUAUGACAUCUACUGCUCUACCGACCUCAGAUAUCACCACCAAUGGUCUAAUUACUGAGGAGGAGACAACGGAAUCGGGAACAACUGAGGGAAUCACCUCAGAUAUGACAUCUACUGCUCUACCAACAUCAGAUAUCACCACCAAUGGUCUUACUACUGAGGAGGAGACAACUGAAUCAGGAACAACAGACGGAUUUACCUCAGAUAUGACAUCUACCGCU